AUGGAACCCUUCAAAGGAAAUUAUUUUAGCAACUAUUCACCGGUAUCAGAGAAUGGAGGAGACAAUCAAUAUUACGAUCCAUUUUAUGUAAAACAUCGUAAAAGGACUACCAAAGCACAAUUAAAAGUAUUAGAAAAAACAUUUGAAAAUUGCCCUAGACCUGAUUCAACUAUGCGCAAAAAAUUGGCCGAUCAGCUUUCGAUGACACCUAGAAGUGUGCAGGUAUGGUUUCAAAAUAGAAGAGCUAAAGUAAAGAAGCAGCAACAAUCUGUUUGCCAUUUUCAAGAAACACCUCCUUUUCAAUAUAUUGAAAGGUCUCAAUACAUGAAGACAAUGGAACACUUUGAAUUGUAUCCUAGCAACAAUAGUAUAUUGAAUAGAAUACCAGAUCCGUAUAAAUAUGAAACCAAUAAAAUACAACCACUAAAUUUUGUGAAUUAUAAUGAAGAUAAUCACUAUUCAGUGUAUGACCAGCCAAGAUUUGAUAAAAAAAUGCAUCCUUACAACUAA